AAAAAAUGAGUUGGCUUGGCGGUGGUAUUUCCGUAAUAUAGUUCCAACUCGAAGCCUCAUAAUUAAACUCCCCACGUUUUAUAACCCGACAACCGUCCAACUUCCUUAUAUUAUCCUCUGACACCCUCACUGGACUCUGUCACAGCCCCUUUCUCGUUUCACUCUUUUCCCUUUUCGGUUUUCACACAACACACACAUACUGUUACCUCCUGCAACAAUGGCGUUAUUCGGGCCUGUCAUAUGGCUCUGUGCACUCGCCUUCCUUCUUCACGCACGCGCCUUCCCGAUCCCCUCCGCGAAAACCUACAUCGUUCACAUGAACCACUACCAGAAGCCCGCCGCCUACGCUACCCACGGCGACUGGUACGCCGAGCACCUCCAGGCCCUCUCCGCCGCCGCCCCCGGCUCCCUCCUCUACACCUACGAGGCCGCCUACCACGGCUUCGCCGCCGCCCUCACGCCGGAGGAGGCCGAGUCCCUGCGCCGGUCGGACGCCGUUCUCGGGGUGUACGAGGACGCGGUGUACACCCUCCACACAACACGCACGCCGGAGUUUCUCGGGCUGGAGACCGGGCUCGGCCCGUGGGCCGGGCACAGCCUUCAGGAGUUGAAUCAGGCUUCUCAGGACGUGAUAAUUGGUGUCCUGGAUACUGGGGUUUGGCCGGAAUCGAGGUCGUUCCACGACGGCGACAUGCCCGAUGUGCCAGCUCGGUGGCGCGGCGAGUGCGUCGCUGCCCACGACUUCGAUCCGAAGAUCCACUGCAACAAGAAGCUAAUCGGCGCUAGAUUCUUCGACAAGGGGUACAGUAUGGCCUCGGGGAGGAAGGAGUCGAGGUCCCCCCGCGACGGCGACGGCCACGGCACGCACACGGCGAGCACCGCCGCCGGCGCCGUGGUUCGCAACGCCAGCCUGCUGGGCUACGCGAGCGGGAACGCGCGUGGGAUGGCGCCUCACGCCAGGGUAGCGACCUACCGGGUCUGCUGGCAGUCGGGUUGCCUCGGAUCCGACAUCCUCGCCGCCAUGGAGCGCGCGAUUCUGGACGGCGUCGAUGUUCUCUCCAUGUCCCUCGGCGGCGGAUCCGCGCCGUACUACCGCGAUACCAUCGCCGUCGGAGCUUUUGCGGCCAUGGAGAGAGGGAUCUUAGUUUCCUGCUCGGCUGGAAACAGCGGACCCGCUAAGGAAUCGCUCGCGAACGUCGCGCCGUGGAUAAUGACGGUCGGUGCCGGCACAAUAGAUCGGGAUUUCCCUGCCUUUGUAACCCUAGGCAACGGGAAAAAAUUCACCGGGAUGUCGCUGUACAGUGGGAAAGGCAUGGGGAGGAGGCUGGUGGAGUUGGUCUACAACAAAGGCGGCAACAGAUCCAGCAACCUGUGCCUCGCCGGAUCCCUAGAUCCGGCCGACGUCCGCGGCAAGGUGGUGGUCUGCGACAGGGGGAUCAGCCCUAGGGUGGAGAAGGGCGCGGUGGUGAGGGACGCCGGCGGCGUGGGGAUGAUUCUGGCGAACACGGCGGAGAGCGGGGAGGAGCUUGUGGCGGACAGCCACCUUCUGCCGGCGGUGGCGGUGGGGCGGAGGACGGGGGAUCUGAUAAGGGAGUACGUCCGGACGGCGGCGGGAAAACCGACGGCGGUGCUGAGCUUCGGCGGGACGGUGGUGAACGUGAAGCCUUCGCCGGUGGUGGCGGCGUUCAGCUCGAGGGGGCCGAACGUGGUGACGCCGGAGAUACUGAAGCCGGACGUGAUUGGGCCCGGCGUGAACAUCCUGGCCGCGUGGUCGCAGGCGGUGGGGCCCACGGGGCUGGAUAAGGACGGCCGGAGGAGCCAGUUCAACAUCAUGUCUGGCACAUCCAUGUCUUGCCCGCACAUAAGCGGGCUCGCGGCCCUGCUUAAGGCGGCCCACCCGAGCUGGAGCCCGAGCGCGAUCAAAUCGGCCCUCAUGACCACCGCAUACACCCUCGACUCCACCAACUCCCCUCUCCGCGACGCGGCCGAUUAUUCCCCCUCGACCCCACACGCCCACGGCUCGGGCCACGUGAACCCGGGCCGGGCCCUCUCUCCGGGCCUCGUCUACGACUCCACCCCAGACGACUACAUAUCCUUCCUCUGCUCCCUCGGCUACAGGCCCGAGAUGGUCCAGCUCGUGGCCCGUCGCCCCAACGUCACCUGCGCCCGGCCCAAGUUCCGAAGCCCGGCCCAACUCAACUACCCCUCGUUUUCCGUGCUUUUCGGGAAGUCAAGGGUCGUGCGUUUGACCAGGGAGUUGACCAAUGUGGGGCCCGCAGGGUCGGUUUACGCGGUCUCGUUCGAGGCUCCGGUUGGCGUGGGCUUGAGCGUGAGGCCCGCGAGGCUCGUUUUCGAGAAAGUCGGGGAUAAGCAGAGGUAUACGGUUACGUUUGUUUCGAGAAAUGUUUCGGGGAAAGGGGUCUUCGUUAAGGAUGCGUUUGGUUCAAUUUCUUGGGAGAGUAAGGAGCAUACGGUGAGGAGCCCGGUUUCGUACUCGUGGACCGGGUUUUGAGGUCUUGUUUUCUGCUGCUGCUGAUGCUACAGUUAUUUAACAGCUAGGGAGAAACUAAACCUAAAAUGGCUAAGGCUAAUCAGAUUCACAUCUUGAGGAGUGUUGGAGUUUUUAAUUGGUGUGAUUGAUUAGUAUAGUUUUUAAAUGGUUGGGACUGGUCAUAUGAUGCUGUGUUUCAAAUUUUAUAUGGCCUGCUUGCUUUGUUUUUCUAUAAAAUGGGGAUUUAAACUGAAUUUGGGGCAUAAAUGCUUAAUUGUUUACUUGUUUGAUUUUGGUUUUUGAUCUUCAAAUGGGUUGGGGUUAUGACUUGUGAGUGUUGAAGGUGGGUAGCCAGGUUUAGGUUGACUCCCCAAUUAUCUAAAAAAGGAUUUUGGAAAAAAAAAAUGUUGGGUUAUUGGAAAAUUGGAUGAUGCAGAGUUGAUGAAUUGAGAGAUUUUCAAUUUUUCUCUUUUUGCCCCCCCAUUUUAUGGGAAGAAAUUGUGUGGAGAAUUGUGAUUUAAUUACUACAAAGUUCAUGUUGACAAUUGUGUAAGGGGAUAUUCUAUAUCAUCUUCAACAUAAUCUUAUUAUCACUAAUCCACUCUCCUCAAAA